GAUGUGGGGGUAUCACCACAGAUUGCAGGAACGUCUGGCCAUCAGCAAAGCCAAGAAUUGCGUAUCAGCUCCGAAGCGUGUAAAUAGAUCUCUGAUAACAACGCUGUACUUUAGCAUUUUUACUCCAAACGUAAAAGUGCUUAUCGUGCAGACUAAGAGAGUCGUCAACGAAUAAAGAAAUGAGCCGUUUUCGUUCUGAUCAUAGCUCUACUCACGGUCGCUAUUACACUACAUAUCUAUCCCGCAAUUUUGUGACUCAACAAAGAUACCGGGUCAAUGUCAAAGAUUAUUUCCGAAGGACAUACUGGUAGCUUCAGCGACUCGCGGACACUCAAGCUUCUUUCUUAUCUAACAUGACUGUGAAUAAAAAGUUGGCUUCUAACAGUUAAUAAUGGUCUUUCCAUCCAAACCGCUCCUGUGUGCUACAAUUUGGCUGGCUGUUGUUCCCAAAGUUGCUCUGUCUUUUUCCUCUGAAGGUCGCGAAUACCGUCAAGGUACAGCUCUUUCGGGGUGGUUACAAAAUCUUUUUCCUGCGGCUCUCCAGGAGACUGAUGACGUCGACAAGGAUCGCCAACGAGACUUCCCAGAGCAGUACCCCGCUACGAACGAAAUAAAUCACUCUAUUGUUUCAGGUGAUACUGGAGAUGCGCAGCUGGUCCGUCCGCUUUUGAAAAACACGCAACUUGAGUCAAAACCACUACGCGUCGUCUACGACGCGAACAGCAACGGAUGGAACUACAAAUCUUUUCACAACGCUGUCGAUGGUAAAGGUGCGGCAAUAAUUAUCGCUCGAGGCCACGGAACAGAUUGGUUUGGAGGGUACAAUCCAAAGGGAUGGGCUGGUACCGGCGGUGCGAGACUGUCUAUUGCUGCCUUUCUCUGGUACACGCGUAGUGAUGGUGUACCGCAAAAAUUGCAGAAAGUUGGCGGUGGCGGACAAGCUUGCGCCAAAGAUGAUCCGGAUACUGGAAUUUGGCUAGGAGCGGAUGGGCUCGUUAUUCCGUUAGCAUCCGGAGAUCCAAAGGAGGCUCAGUCAAAACUAGGAACCUACUUUGAGAAGAGAAGCGACGGCAAGCAGUCUCUUUUCGAUGCUGGCUGCAUUAAACUGGCCGAUCUGAAAGUCCUUGUUGGUGAGUACGAGGACAAUGAGGCAAUCCCUUAUUCAGGUGCUGUUUUCGAUAUGACUUCAGGUUAG